UCGCCAAGAUGGCUGCUAUGAGAAAAAACUAGAGAAACCGAGUUUGAAAAUUUCUCGGAUGUCAGUUUUUGUUGUGACGGUUUGGGCGCGCUUGACACACGAUGGAGGUUAAAACCGUAAAAAACAUGUUUAACCGUGAUAGUUGAAAAAUACCGUUUUGUCAAUGCGCUGAUUAUGCGACUUUGAUAGAAAUAGCGAAUUUUUAAAUUAUGGAUAAUAUGAACGUCGAUGAAAGUGGAGUUAAGUGGCUUUUCAUGCCCUGGCAGCCACUCGUCACCUCCGAUAUUGCUGUAUUGACAGCGGUCGAGGAAUCUCUUGUGAAUAGUCUUGAUACAACUUUGAUAGUACAUACCUGUCAAUUCGUAACAAAUGUAAUGCUUCAGGAUUUCCCUGCGGAAGUUUUUAUCCAAAGACCGGCGAUCGUAACGAUAUUACAAGCACUGCUGGAUCAGAAUACAAACCAAGAAUCAAAAGUAUCAUUAGCAGUGAUGAAGACGUUAUACAAAUUAACGCGAUCAUUGAGAUAUCGUAUUCAUUAUUACUGCGAUCCAGCACUAGCGAAUAAAAGACCAAAUGUGAUAUUUGGUCAGUCAGAAGUGAGUUGGACUUACGAGUCAUCACUAGAUGACCGAGAGACCCCAGAGGGUGGUUUGCAAGAAGGGAAUUAUCAGGGGCAUCGGCAACAGUUCACUGCGAGCCAAGAGAGUCCAGAAAUAAUUGAGACCAAUUUAGACGAUUCGCUUUUACGCCAGCAGCAAAUGAGCGUACCCUUUUAUUGCACGGAGACUUUGAAAAAUGUUCUCUCCUUAUUCUCUCAGUUACCGAUUGAUUCUUCACCUCUUAAAAUUGUUAAAAAUAUCUUAGAACUCUCCUCUGAGCUUGUGAACCUCGUGAUCAUUAGCUUAAAGCCGUCGAUUUGGCUCUCCAAUGAUACAAUUUCUUUAAACGUCAACGAAAACUUGAAAUCUCUCCUGAGACUGCUAGCCGAACUUAUGGAAUAUUUUGGUCCAAGUAGCAUCGAUUUACAUCGCAUUAUUUAUCUUCAAAUCGUAUGUCUUGUAGAAAAAAUUUUGAGUAACCUCGUACCAUUGGAAAUUGCUGAUAUUGUUUUGCCAAAAAAUCUCAAAGUUUCCAUUGCUCAAUGUCUUCUGGAUGCUCCCAUUUUUCUUAUCAGUGAUGGAUUGAAUUUAAACCUCGAGCAGUAUGCACGACAAUUUACCGAUAGUGAAGCCACAGACAUAUUGGAACUUUUUGAUGACACGAAAUCCGUGACUACUUCUCUUGAAGCUGCAAUCAAUCUUAUGAGCGAGAAUAUGAACACUGGACGCUCAAAUUAUGAAACACUCAAACUAAUGUGGACAGCAAAAUCGAGUUUCUCUUGUCACAAACGUUUGUUUCUAGUCAAGAAAUAUAUUACAUUCCUACAAGAAGUCAGUGUCCUACUCGAAAAAGAAGAAAAAGAUUUGGCAAAUAAAUUGAUUCUUGAUCUUCUGUCAAAUGAGGACGAAGAUCUUAGAAAAACGACUUACGAGGAAUGUCAUCGAUUAGUUUCUCUCGCCCUUGGCGUCGAGGCUCGGCAAAUUGGAAAAUUUACCUGGAUCAAAGUUGCUUUUUUAUUGAAUACAAGCGUUAUGACAGAAAUUAUUUGUCAUGGAGUUGCAGGGGAUGACAACGCGAUCAAAAAUCUUGCCGAGGACAUUUUAGUCUACAUUUUGAAAGGAAAAAUCCACAUAGGGGAAGAAGGCUGGAAUAAAUUUCUCGAAGAAGCUCUUAUCCCGACAUUGGGACUUCUGCAAUGCAUUGCAGCCACCGAUUCGCAGCUGGGUCAAUGUGUUGCAAAAAUGCUCGAUCCCGACGUCUACGAGAGCUUAAACCUUCCUUACAUCGAAGUUAUAAAAGGAAAUUCAAGACUGUUGUAUUCUGCUGAUAGCAAGCUGAGAGAAGAAGCGCUUUGUCGUUUAAUUUUUUUACUCGGAUGUGAAAAAGACUCGUCGAAAAAACUUCCACGAUUAUCUUCCCUUCAUGGUCUUCCUCUCAGUUCGUUAUGCAUUAUCGAGAGGUCUCACAGUAGAUUCAAAAGAUCAGAAGGAAAUUAUCUAACGAGUAGUCUUCUUGCUGUGCUGGAAUUAAUAAAAACGCCGGACGUCGAGCCAAAAGUACGAAAAUCGGCCCUGGUGCAGUUGAGCGUCAUGUUGACUGACACGUGUCUCCACAAAUUAUUUAUUCGAGAGCAUGGUUUGCCGUUGGUUCUCGAUAUAAUGAACAAAUCACUAAUUGAAAGAGAAUUCGGGAAUUAUCCAGAUUCGGUUAUUCCGUUGCUGGCCAUAUUAAAAGCUCUAGCUAUGACUCAGUCCUCGGUGCGUCACGAUUUGUCCACGAGGCCGGAAGUUUAUUCCAAUAUUCUUCGAAGUUUGUUCCUUUUUCCGAACAACGAAUCGAUAAAAAUCGAUGCCUCGCAGCUGCUUUGUUUAUUGCUUUAUAGUGAGUACAUAAAAAUACCAACGACAAUAGGAGACGGUGAGUCGAACGUGGUUUCUCUACCUCACGUCAUAGCAACGAAGAUGAGAAUUCCUUUGAAUUGUAAAUCCUAUUGGAAGGAGAAUGAGAGAAGAGAAAAAAAUAUUUUUCAUUCGAAUAAACCUGAAGCAUUGACGUUUCUACGACAAUUUUGGUUCUGGCAAACGAAUGGUGGCACGGAAGAAUUAUUGCAAAAUUUUCAAAAUUCAAGCAGCAAAGAAAGUUUGCCAGACAUGUUGCAAAUUACGGAUUUGGAACUAUUGAAAUUGAGCCACAGCUCGGUUUACUAUUGCGUGAGAUUGCAGCUUUUGAACAUUCAAAAUUCUACAAUGCACGUUCAAGUUAUCGAAGCCCUUGAUUACUUAACGAUGUAUUUGAACUUGUGGAAAAUUUUGUGCGCUGAUUCGAACGUGGUUAAGCUCAAAAAAUUGCCCUGGGAACAAUCCUUCGUCCGAUUCUUGCUCUCCCAACCAACCAACAAAGAAGACUGUGAUUUAUUCGUCGAUGUCAUAAACUUUUUAUACGUUUUUAUUAAUACCGGAAUAAACGCCAAAAGUGACGAUUGGCUGGGCAGAAUCAUUCGUAAAAACUUGACGCGGUCAUUAACUGAUUUAAUUGGCACUAUCAACACUGACAACCAAGAAAUUCAUGAAGCCGUUUUGAAACUCGUACGCGCUGCUUCUGCCCUCCACGACGUUUCUUCCAUUGAUCAAUCCUCUCACGACAAUUCUUGGAUUGGAUUUGUUCAACUCGUCGUUUCGAAUCUCUGCUUCGGCGAUCAACAACAGAAUUCCCAUCACGAGAAACAACAACAUUUUUACAAUCUUGCUUAUCUCGAUUGGUUGUUGAGAUGCUUGAUGUAUUUGACAAGCAAGUGUCACUGGCCGGAGCACAAAGAUCUUCUCUCCUCAUUAGGCAAUGCUCUGAUCGAGUUGAUCGUAUCCUUUUAUGGGGCUGGCACCGUGAGUUUCAUGGGACUCUCGAUAACGAGAAAUUCUAUAAUAUGUCUCAAUCAUUUGAUUCACGAGAUGCAAAACAUUUUUCGAAAAAAUGAAUGGAUCGACUUUUGGUACGACGAUGAUCGUAAUUUAAGUUGGAUGCCCAUGUUAUGGAGAAAUCGUGAUCCCCUCGUGAGAGCUUCGGCCUUUCAACUAUUGUCAGCUCUCACGCGAAGCGAACACAACGCACAUCAAUUGUUGAAAGCCAUCACUCUCGCGCCCAGCGAUUUGUGUCAUACGCUUUUGCGACAUUUUACCAAUAGAGAGGAAUGUUGUAUCGUUCGAGAACAGGCUUGCAUAGCUCUCGCCAAUUUAGUUAAAAAUUCUAACAAAACAUCCUGCCAAUAUGUGGACACGUUAAAAUCAGGUGCUCUAAUAAUUUACAUCGAGCAGAGCAACAUUUAUUACGAGAUAAGCGUAUUGUGUUCAAACAUCUACCUCGGCACGAGCGUUUACUUUGAACAACGGGAAACUCACGGCACGAAAUCCGAGCACAGUGGAACUUUGGAAGAGGAGGAAGACGGUUGUCGACGUUUCGUAGCUACGCCUUCUCUGAUAAGUGCAACUUGUACAUUGCUCAAUAAUUUGAUACUCCUCGGUGGAGAGGACGUGGCGAAGCACAUUUACGAGCAAUCGUUAGACAAAUAUUUUUUGGGCUGUUUUGGUGUUAUUCCUUCACUGGAUGAACUGGACAAAAGAUCUCUGACGCAAUACUGCGACAUACUAGAAAUGUACAUAAGCCUCUGUACUCUCCUGACAAAUUGUAUCUCCCAUUGUCAGGAAUUUGCAAUCGCAGCGAAUUUUUCAUCCGAAACUUUGUACAUUUUACUAACAUAUUUGGAGAAGGAAAAUUACCACGAAGAUGAUCGAGUUACGUAUUUGCGGAAGAAUCUUAUAAUGGAAGUGUAUAAUUUUUUGUCGAUUCUAUCUCUAACGGAAAACGGAGGACAGCACUUGGAAGCUAUAAUGUCUUCAGCAGAGUUGGAAACGGGAGCGGAACGAGUGUUAAUCUCGAUUUGUCGAUCAAUGAAAGAUAGUCAUCACGAAUUGCGUAUGGCGUCAAUCGGUUGUUUGGCAUUUUUGUUGGCGAUCGAGAUACGGAGGCGUUGCGAAGUCGACGAAAAUACGAGGGGGCAACGAAGCGAGGAUUUUGUGGAAAUAACGAUAAGCGAUUACCUCGACAACUGCCUCGUUAAGCCGUCCGAUUUUAUCAGCGACGAGAAUUACGAGCUACAAAAAGUUCUCUCGAGCCUCAACAAAUUAACGGUUGCCCAACACUCCGAAAAUCCCACGAAAAUCACGAAAAACCAAAUGCACAACGAAAAAAUUCACAUGGGCUCCGAAAUGUCGAAAAUUCUUAUUCAUCUCUUCAUCGCUCAUAAUUAUGCCAAAUCUAUGAAAGAAGCCUCAAGUAUCACGAGAGAUAAAGACACGAUAGUUGGGGCAUUGUCGAAUUUAUUGUGCCUUUCGAAGGAGGCCAAAAAAACUGCACUUCUCGAAAACCUCGGAGAAACUUGUCUUCUCUCACUCAAAGAACUUCACACUGAAUUCACCCUGCAGCCUUACCAAGUUUACAAAACGAGGAGCAAUCGUGAGAAAAAAGUUUAUCCGGUGCUAAACGAAACCAAACGAGUUCUCGAUCUCCUCAUGAAUUUCAUGUAUAAUAGCGACGAGAUAAAGGAGAGACUCGCUAAAGCUGGUUUGGCUGAUUGUCUCCACAAACUUUGGGCCUGGAUAUCCCUCGACAAUAGGACCGUGACGUCCGCACUUGAACUCGUCGCGACCUUCACAACCAAUUGCUCAGAAGGCACCCUUUCGCUGACGAUGACGAACGCUGUCCACGGAACAGGAUUAAGACGAAGUCCGAACGCCACGUCCCUUUUGCAUACGAUAAUAAAUUUAAUUUGUCGAGAAAUCGACAAAGCGGGACGCAAAUUUGAUAAUCAGAAGAUUCAUUUUGCGUUUCACAUUCUGCGAAACGCCAUUCACGUACAUGAGUGUCGUGUUGCCAUCACCAAGAGCAAUCUUCUUCAAGUAUUCGAGAAAAUCCAUCCAGCGUCGACGAGAAGAACGAAACCUUGGUCUCUGCUCGAAGUUUAUUUUUUGGAGUUUUUCAACGAUUUUACGUUUUACGAGGAAGGCCAGGUUUCCGUGGCAAAAGCGACCGAUGGGCUGGACGUUCUCAUCGAAUUGGCGAGAUCGAGCACACCGGCAACUCGUUUAUUGGCUAUUUCCACCUUACGAAAUUUGGUCUUCAAUCCAGCAAACAGAGCGCGUCUGUUGGCUUCAGCGGCCUUCAUGAAUCUACUCCACUCGACUUUCGAGGGUGGAACGUUCAACGAGAUCGGUAUAACGGGUUCGAUACUUUGGUCGCUGGUAGCGAACAAUCAAAAGGGAAAAUUGACGAUAAGAAGCGCAGGUUUUUCGCAGAGUAUACAAGAAGUGUUGGGACGUUUGAGUUUACUGGAUAUGGCGGAUGAAAGGCAGAGGCAAGACUUGGCCAAAAUUCUUCAUUACGUCGUAAAGAUGUUGAGUUCAUCCGAAGGGCAAAUCUCUACGGAAGUUGGCUGAACGGGCUAGCAAAUAACGUCGAUGGUUCGUGACAUACGCAUCGAACGUCUUAUACGAAAAUUUAUUCGUCGAUCGUGCGGAGCGACAAGGCGUAGCAGGAAAAAUAACAAUUGUUCCUCGGCGAUGAGUUAUGUAAAGUUGAAUCAAGAGAGUUGGGGGGAAUAGCCAACAUAUUACGCACGUAAAAGGAAUCUAAAUCGAGCCUAUCCAUGUUUGAAUGACACCACGGUUCCAGGAAAGCUGUUAUUCAAUGAAAAAAUGUGAAAAAAAUUCUUUCAAAAGUACAACACCGAAAGUUCGAGAAAAAAAAACAACAAUAACAAUGGAAAUUACGGUACAGUGGAUAGAAACUUUAUCGAUUGUUAAACGAAAAACACGAAACUUCAACAGGAAAGAAGUCUCAGGUCUAACGGGGAUUAAAAGAUGCCAAAAAUCGCAAAAAGCUACAAUGGAAAAAGAAGAUGGAGACUGGAAACAAAAUAAUUUGUAAAAUAAAUAGAAUGAAAAAUAAAUAUUUUUCCAAUCGCGAAUAAGAACAGGAAUAAAAAGCUACAAUCACAAAAUGUUGCUGAAAACAUAUCUUUAUUUGAAGAUUUACGGAAAAAUGAUAAAAAUGGUUGCCAAGACUGAACGCGCAAGUUAAGCCGGAUGUAUGGAAAAAUCUUCAAACGACGAGCACUCUUCCCACGGUUUUUGCCUGAAGAUUCUCAAACUCUCGUUUAACAUAUGUGCAUGACGAAAUAAAACGAAACUCUGUCGUAAGGAGAAAAAAAAACUUGAAGGGCAGUGCCCCUAAAUUCUCGCAGCUACGAUUCACCGAUGGAAAUAAGUAAAUAAAUCAAAGUUUCUAGUCA